AUAGUUUUAGAGAUAAUUAAUUGUUUGAGGAGAUAUAACACAAUGGAGGGAGGCGGAUGACAUCAACAACCUCAAGCUCAACACUCCAGCUGACAUUUACCUUACCGUCACCAACCACCUGUUAAUUAUUAUAGUAAUCUGGUUUAUUUUAUAUGAAUAUUACAAAAUGGCGAAACAAAACUGUCUCAUCGUUUUGUCAGCAUCUUCCCUAGGUAAGGUAAUACAGAUGUGAGAGUAUGCUCGGACCAAGCAACCCGCUCAAUCAAAGCUUAAACAAACAAAGAGCAGACAACAACAUGCACCAACACCACAAAUUUUUGGGCUGAAUAUUUAUGGCAGCAGCAGCAGUUUUUAUUGACAAAGAUGACCAGAGCAGUCGAUGGUUGAGUGAUAUUGCAUCGAAGAAACUCUUGGAACCUCAGUCACUCAGUGAUAUUCAAGGGAGUCAGUAUUCAUGUGUGGUGAUACCCCAUAGUCCUGGUGCAAGUGAAGACCUCGCAACAUGUGAAGCAUUAGGCAGCAUCCUUACUCAAUGUUUAGCAGAAAAAAAACCUGUAUGUGCUAUUGGCCUUGGUGUGUGUGCUUUAUUAUCAGCAGUAAAGGGAGAUCCUCAGCAGUGGGCAUUCAGAGAUAUUGCACUAACAGGGUCAUCAUUAGCAGAAGUCACAGCAACUACCUACUUCUCAUCAUUACCUCUGAUACCUGGAGAUGCUAUCUUAGACCGGGCUGGAAUAUUCUCAACUGGUGCUCCAACUAGUAUUCAUAUUGUGGUUAAUGCUGGAGUCGUAACUGGACAGAACCCUCAAUCUACACUCUCAGCUGUUCAGAACAUGAUUCUUCUAGCCAAUCAGAGACAAAGCAAAGGAAAGUGAUCUUGUGUGCUUCAGACAUUACUGCUACAGGUAAAACAUAUAGUAUUUACAAGAGGGAGUAAGCUUAAAAAAAAUAUUGCUUGGAAUGUUUACAGCACUUGCCAAUGAAGAUUGACAUCAGUGCUGGAGACAUGGAGAAUUAAUAUUUCCAUGUGAACAGUGAUAGAAGAUUAAAAACGGUCAUUACAGUACUGUAUUUAAUUUAUGUAUUUUAUUUUUUUAGUAUAGAGUUUAUUAUUUUAUCCUGUAAAAGCCACUGUAUAUUUGUUAUUAUAUAUUAUGACAUUUCAGUUAAUAUACUGUAUGAUUAUUUUUUUACUCAAGAAAUAGAAAAUGCCCUACAGUAUACAGUCCAGUGCCAGUUGUAGUAUGAUACUGGUUGUUAGUAGCAAUUCUGCAGUGGCUUUUGCUGUACAGUAUCUGGAGAAUUUUAAAUAAACUAGAUUUUUUUUUUAAAUUGUUAAAUCAUAAAGAAACUCUAAGCCAGUAGUUUGCAGCUUAUAAUAUUUCCUAAGAAAUCUUAUUCUAUGGUCCUGGAGCUGGGCUGGAAUUUUUAUUUUUGUUGCCCUCACAGUCCAGCCUAAGUUUUUUGCUGUGUUCUAAUUGGUUGCAUCCCUACAAUGAAAAUUCAAAACAUUAAGCCAUUUUGAAAAUGUCCUUUCUGAAAACAGUGGUUUGUGUAAACUAUCAUGCAACAAUAAAAAACCCUAAAUAUGUUAACAAACAUCUGUUUAUUCAUCCAACUGCCUAUAAAUUAGUCUAUGAAAAUCAUAAAUUUAGGAUUCCGCUUCAUUUAUACACACAAUAUUUUUCUUGCAGUUUAUCAGUGUAUAACACACUGAAUUAAAAUUUGUUGGAAAUCACAUUAGGGUAGUUCUUUGUAUGCUCAAAAACAUGUUCUCUGUUAUGAGAAACAAUAAUAAUAAUAAUAAUAAUAGCCUAAAAAAAGAAUAGGUGUUUCUCCAGCUCUAGGAAAAUUGUACAGUACUGUAUUUGUCAUGUGGCUCAAAUAGUGACUCCCGUCAAUUCUCCUGGUCAGUGCUUACAACAUUUACAUGAUCUUUAAGAAACAAUUAGCUUAUUUUUCAAUCAAGCAAACUUUAUUUGAUUCAGUAUAGUUUGGCACUUUCUUCUUAACCUCAUAACACUAUCAAAUAAAAAACUUUCCAACUGCAUUGUGCUGUAUACUGUGUAGGUACUAAAAUGUCCCAAUACAGAAGAACUCCUGGGGUCAAGGUUGCUAUCUGUAAUCAUAAAGACAUAAAACUCUAUUCAUAAACAAUAUAUUUGUGAACAAACCAAUAACAAACUGUAUUAUUGUUUCAUAAGCCCGUGAAGCUAUGAAAUUGUUCAAAACAAUUCAGUCACAUCUAGGCUAUACAUUAAGUCACAUGGAAAAAGAGGCAGAUCCAGGAAUAUCAAGAAGUUGUGGUUGGGGGAACAUGAUGGUGAGCACAGCGAGCCCACCCAUGGGCAUUUUGAGGUCAUAUUAGGAGAUAUUCUGAGGUUAAUGGUACUGUAAUUACUUUUUGUUAUACCUGUACUAAAACACCUGCAUUAAAGAGAAAAUAUUGGAAUUUUCAGAUGAAAAGGGGGGGGGGAGGGUUGGACCGCCAGGACCCCUUCCCUGGAUCCGCUCCUGUAAAGCAAAUUUAUUUCAAGGCUUUCAUCAAUAUAACAAUGUAUAGCUGAAGAUGAUCUCUCUCUCUCAUCGUUGAAUAUUUUAGCAGCUUCUCGUAGAAUGCUCACAGCUUGAUCAAGUAUCAGUGGAUGAACCUCUUCGAGCUUGCUUUUGUCUUUCUGACAGAUGACAGAAGGGACGCUUGAUUGUUACUUAAUGUUUUGAGAUUUUAAAUUGAGGGUUCAAGGAACUAGAAACAAAUGGGCCCUUGAAUUAUAAGUUGAUUAUUUAAAUGUUUUCAAUAAGAGUCAGUAUUAAUGUUUUAAUUAUUUUAUUUGGCUGUGAUUAUCAUGUUGUAAUUUUCUUGUUGCAUUUCAGUAAUUUUAUUGAACUUGAAACUACACAUGGCAGCUAAACUUAUAUACAGUACAUAAAUAUUCAAGAACAAUUAAAGUUGAAUGUUAUCCACAUGAAUUCAUAAAUCUUUAUAAGUUUAACACUUAUAGGUUGCCUCUUAUUAUGUACAUGUUGGGAUGUUAAGCUUCUUCCCACUUAAUGCCGAGUGGCCAGACGCAAGAGCUAAUACACCCUUAUUCUCUCUUCAUUCAUUUUCAUUCAAUUAUUCUUACUGUUAUAUAUGUUCAGUAAUGAUAAUUAUCUUCCACAGAAAGCUCUAUACAGUAAAUGUUCAUUUUGUUUAACUCAGCCACUUCACACAAACCAGCAUUACCCAUCAACAUUGUAUUCCUUGUGAAAAAUGGUUCAGUACAAUGCUCUCUACUCAUUCACACACACUAAUGGCUUUUUGAUGUUCAUCUCUUUUACUUCUAGGGCUUCCUUCACCUUCAUCUAUGUCUCCAUCUUCAUCUUCCAACUCCUUUUUUUUUUUUAACUAGGAUUACCCCACCUGGGCAUAGGUUGCUGGUCCACAUCGGGGCCUAAGGGAGGGUGAAAAAAACAAACAUAAAUAAGUACAAAAGUGGAAAAUAAAACAGAGCAAGAAUGAGAAACAAUAUACUGUAUGUUGUGUUGUCAAAGUAAGAGAAACAAUUGAGAUCCUGCAAUUGUGUGUAAAUGAGGCAGAGAGUCAGUCAGAUUAGCAUCCUGGGACUUGGUCACAAUUUUUGUGAUGCCAUAUGGCUGCAGGGUCUACCAUUAGACAACACAUUAUGCUUCCAGUAUGUUCCGAGGCAUUAGUACCUCCCUGUUUGGUAGCUGCCUACUACCUCUGGAUUAACCAUUUCUUCUCUGUACAGUAUGUCCAUAUCACUUGAACAAACCCAAAUCUGUUCUCUGUCUGAGGCUUUUGUCACUGCCACGUCUCCUUAUUUGCUUAUAUUAUUCUUUCCCUCCUAUUUACCUCACA